CGGAUGAAUUAGGUGCAACAGAAACUAAUAAAAUCUGAUGUUUCAAAUGCAGCGAUGGAAGGGGAAUCAAAUGGGAGUGCAGAGGAGGCAAAGAAACGGAGGUCACUCUACGGACUCUACCCCUACAAGUCCAGUAUGAUCGGACUGGAAUCUCUGGCCGAUCCCUCUGGAGACUGGGACAUUGUGGAGACCAUUGGGAAAGGAACCUACGGGAAAGUCUACCGGGUAAUCAACAGGAAAGAUGGGAGUCAGGCUGCUGUGAAGGUGUUGGAUCCUGUUAAUGAUGUUGAUGAGGAGAUUGAAGCUGAAUACAACAUCCUGAGGUCAUUAUCCAACCACCCAAAUGUGGUCAAGUUCUACGGAAUGUUCUACAAGGCAGAUCACCUCUCUGGGGGACAGCUCUGGUUGGUGCUGGAGCUGUGCAAUGGCGGCUCCGUCACCGAUCUCAUCAAAGGCCUGCUGGCGUGUGACCGACGUCUGGAGGAGCCGCUUAUCUCGUACAUCUUAUACGGAGCCCUCCUGGGGCUGCAGCAUUUGCACAACAAUCGAAUCAUUCACCGUGACGUCAAAGGGAACAAUAUCCUUUUGACGACUGAAGGCGGAGUCAAGCUCGUUGAUUUUGGAGUCUCAGCACAGCUGACGAGUGCCCGUUUGCGGAGAAACACGUCAGUGGGAACCCCUUUCUGGAUGUCUCCUGAGGUCAUCGCCUGUGAGCAGCAGUACGACUAUUCAUACGAUGCCCGCUGCGAUGUCUGGUCGCUGGGCAUCACAGCCAUAGAGCUGGCCGAAGGGGAUCCCCCUCUCUCGGAGAUGCACCCAGUCAAAGCCCUCUUCAAGAUCCCAAGGAAUCCAUCACCCACGCUGCGCCAUCCGGAGCAGUGGUGCCGAGGCUUCAGCCACUUCCUUGCACAGUGCCUGAUAAAGGAUUUUGAGAGGCGCCCCUCGGUCACCCACCUUCUGGAGCAUCCCUUCAUUAAGCAGGCCCACGGGAAGGACAUGGCACUUCGACAGCGGUUAGCCACUCUCAUUUUCCAGCAGCAGGAUUGCGGGUGCAGGACCAAGACCAAGCACGAGAGAAUCAGUACUCGUAAGACAAGAGUGGAGAGCUAUUCUGAGGAAGAUUUGGUGAACCUGGAGGUUUUAAAUGAGGAGAUUAUAAUCACACACCUCCAGAAGAGGUAUGAUGAGCUUCAGAUCUAUACUUAUGUUGGGGACAUCCUCAUCGCUCUCAAUCCAUUUCAGAAUCUUGGCAUAUACUCGCCGCAGUUCUCGAUGUUGUACCAUGGGGUGAAGCGCUCGACAAAUCCUCCUCAUAUUUUUGCCACUGCUGAUGCAGCAUACCAGGGCAUGGUGACCUUCUGCAAGGACCAGUGCAUCAUCAUCAGUGGGGAGAGUGGAGCUGGGAAGACUGAGAGUGCACAUCUGAUCGUCCAGCACCUCACCUUUCUGGGAAAGGCAAACAACCGGACAUUGCGUGAGAAGAUUCUGCAGGUGAACACCUUGGUUGAGGCCUUUGGAAAUGCCUGCACGGCCAUAAAUGAGAACUCCAGCCGUUUUGGGAAGUACCUAGAAAUGAAAUUCACCCCCACGGGGGCUGUGAUGGGUGCUAAGAUUUCCGAAUACCUGUUGGAGAAGUCAAGAGUCAUCAAGCAGGCCAUGGGAGAAAAGAAUUUCCAUAUAUUCUAUUACAUCUACGCUGGCCUUUAUCAUCAAGAGAAGCUCAAGGAAUAUAGACUACCAGAGAAGACACUGCCUAGGUACAUUGACAAUGAACAGGUCAAGGUCAUGCAACACAUCGUCUUGAGUAAGCUGUACAAGGAGCAGUUUGAUGCCAUUCAGGACUGUUUUCGUAUCAUUGGGUUCACUGAGGAGGAGGUGAAUUCAGUCUACAGAAUCCUCUCUGCCAUCUUAAACACUGGAAAUAUUGAGUUUGCUGCCAUUACUUCCCAGCAUCAAACAGAAAAGAGUGAGGUGCCUAACUUCAAAGCUCUGGAAAAUGCCGCCUUGCUUCUCAGCAUCGGCGCGGAGGAACUCCAGGAGGCACUGACCUCCCACUGUGUGGUCACCCGGGGAGAAACCAUCAUCCGCACCAACACUGUGGACAAGGCCAUUGAUGUGCGGGACGCCAUGUCCAAGGCCCUCUAUGGACGCCUCUUCAGCUGGAUUGUAAACCGCAUCAACGCCUUGCUACAGCCAGACAAGAAUAUAUGCGCUGUGGAGAGCGGGAUGAAUGUCGGCAUCCUUGAUAUUUUUGGCUUUGAGAACUUCCAGAAGAACUCAUUCGAGCAGCUGUGCAUCAAUAUCGCAAAUGAGCAGAUUCAGUUCUAUUUCAAUCAGCACAUCUUUGCCCUGGAGCAGAUUGAGUACCAGAACGAGGGUAUCGAUGCUGCCUUAGUGCAGUAUGAGGACAACAGGCCGAUCCUGGACAUGUUCCUGCAGAAGCCCAUGGGCCUGCUGUCCCUUCUGGAUGAGGAGAGCCGCUUCCCCCAGGCCACCGACCAGACACUCGUGGAUAAGAUUGAAGAUAAUCUGCGAUGCAAGUAUUUCUGGAGGCCAAAGCGUGUCGAGCUGUGUUUUGGGAUUCAGCAUUAUGCAGGAAAGGUCCUAUAUAACGCAGAUGCCUUCCUGGAGAAGAACCGGGACACUCUGCCAGCAGACAUCGUUGUCGUUCUGAGGACCUCGGAGAACAAGCUCCUGCAGCAGCUCUUUUCCAGCCCCCUUACCAAAACCGGAAAUCUGGCAACGUCACGGGCAAAGGUGACUUCAGCUUCCAGGUCACUGCCAUCCCAGCUAAAUCCUGGACGCUCUAAGGUGGACACCAUGGAGAUGAUGCGGCACCCAGAGGAGACCACCAACAUGAGGAGACAGACUGUGGCCUCUUACUUCCGCUAUUCGCUGAUGGACCUCCUCUCCAAAAUGGUGGUGGGCCAGCCGCAUUUCGUGCGAUGCAUCAAGCCAAACGACGACAGACGGGCACUACGCUUCUGCAAAGAGAGGGUGAUGGUGCAGCUGCGCUACACAGGGAUCCUGGAGACGGUUAACAUCCGCAGGCAGGGAUACUCACACCGGAUCCUUUUCGAUGAGUUUGUUAACAGGUAUUACUGCCUGGCUUUCCGGGUACAUCUGAUGCCAGAGGCCACUAAAGAGAAUGUCAUCAUCAUCCUACAACAGGCCAAACUAGACAACUGGGUCCUGGGGAAAACUAAGGUUUUCCUGAAGUAUUACCAUGUGGAACAGCUGAACCUGCUGCUGAGGGAGGUCAUUGCACGGGUGGUGCUAAUGCAGGCCUACGCCAAGGGGUGGCUGGGCGCCCGGCGCUACCGCAGGGAGCAUGAGAAGCGCGUACAUGGAGCAGUCGUCAUCCAAUCAGCCUGGAGGGGCCAUGCCGCUCGUCAGACGCUCCGGCUAAUCAAAGCGGAACGGGAGAAGGCCGCCAUCCGCAUACAGUCUGCAUACAGGGGGCAUCGGGUGCGUAAACAGUACGCAGCACAGAAGCACAUGGCAGCACAUGCACAGAGCAGCCAGGUAGAGCCCCAGAGCAGGGAGUGGGCAGGAUUGGACAGAAGCAAGGUGACGAAUGAUCUAACUGAUCCUCCUAAAAGUGGGGAGGCUGGCAAGGAGUCCCCUAACAGCGAAGACCAUCCACUUAAGGUCGACAGUCAAGAUGAAGGAACAGUGAACGAGGUAACAAGGCAUCCCAAGGACAAUGGCAGUGUGCAGGAGUCUCAGUGUAAGCAAGGUCAUGUUCUCAAGAGCCAGCAGCGGACCCCCCGCCAACGGGGGCACCAGCCCAAACUGCUGAACAGCCCCGAGGACAGCCUGUACUACAACCAGCUCCACAGGACCCCGGAUUGCCAGGGGAGCAAGAGGAAACCGAGAAAACUUGGGCAAAUCAAAGUGCUGGAUGGAGAAGAUGAGUACUACAAAUUACUGUCAACUGCAGAUUCAAUCCCAGAGGAGGAAACUUUGACUGGGCCUCCUCCCACUCUGUCAAGGGAGGCAGUUCUCAGUCAGAGCUGAGGCUGAAAUCUCCCAUCAGCUGAUCAGCUAAGUUUAAUACUCCUUCUGUAUGUCCACUACCACGUUAAGAGCACCUACUUGAGAAUAUGAUUCUACCAGCCAAGAGCAUACAUUCCUGCAGACUUGUUACAAUUAAACACUAAUUGCUGCAAAAACAGUUGUAAAAGACGACCUUUCACUUGUGAAUUUAAUCGUUUUUAUAUUUAUGAGGGAAAUAUGACAUUUGAUGCCUUUUGCCCGAAAUAACAUUUUACGUUCUUUCUUUUACUUAACAUUCUCAAAAAUAUGUGUAGAUAAAAAUCAGUGAUAUCACACAUUCACAGUCAAUACUCACAUGACCUGUUAGUAUAAUAGUAUACUUCAUUUUAAGGUUUUCUUGAUGUGCUUAUGUGUUACUCAUGAUGGGUCACUUCAUAAUUAGUUGUCUGUUAUCAUUUGUGAAUGAGACAAAUAUAUUGUAGGUAGUUAUACUAGCUGUUGGUGUAAUACCAUAUAAUUAGCCAUGGUUAUAUUCUUGUAUCACAUAGCCUCCUUAGUAAUGCAAGAAUCUAAGGAUAAAAUGGGGAAGUGUGUGCGUCCUGUAGCAAACUCACAAAGUACAAUGUUGUGUGUUGAGUAGUCAGGUCAUGGUCAUAUUUUAUAUUGAACUAAUGAAUUUUACACAAUUCCAGUCUCUUUAGAGUCUGUUAUUAAAACCUCAGUCUCGUGAGAAA